AUGGCAGUUUCAACAGUCGAGCCUCAAGAGUCCAGUGAUGCCGACCAGGAGCACGAGAAUCGAAACAAUCUCAUUCUGGACUUCCUCGAGAAGAACGCCCCAGAGUUUGUCAAGCUAAGAGACUUACGCAAGAAGGGAUGGGAGAAUCCCGAGGGUGAUGAGUUUUUCAAGGAGCAGCGUCGCACUGCCGAGAACCCCGACGAGCGAAUUACCAAGAUAUUCUUUGACAUGAUGAAGAGAAUCGGCAAAGAGAUGCAGAGAGACACGGGCGCCCUCAGAGUCAAAACUCCUAGAUGGGGCAAGACACAGAUCCUUGACAUGGGUAUGGCGCCCGGCGGCUUCCUCGCGACGGCUAUGCAUCUCAACCCAGGCGCUCACGCGAUGGGCUUCAGCCUUCCCGAUUCCGACGGCGGCCACAAGGUCAUGAUCCCGGACAAUCUCGACAUUGACCGCAGAGAUGUCGACGUGACCAUGCUCGCCGCGGACAUGGGCGUCCAAGACAUUCCUGCCGACCACCCGGACUUUGACAAGUUUCUCGAUUGCCAAUUCACACCUGGCCAACAAUUCGAUCUGGUCAUCUGCGGUGGAACAAAGGUGAAUAAGCAAGAGCGCGCGCCGUACCGCAUGAAGAGCGAGUCUCACCGGGUCACCACCAGCCAGCUGGCGCUGGGUCUCGAGAGACUCAAUCCGGGCGGCACCAUGGUUGUUCUCUUCCACAAGGUGGAGGCUUGGGGCACGGUGCGUGAGCUGUACAGCUUCUCCCAGUUUUCCAAGAUCAGGAUCUUCAAGCCGACGACCGGUCACAACAAGCGUUCCUCGUUCUACAUGGUCGCUACGAGGGUUCAGAGCCAGAGUCCUUUGGCGACCCAGGCCCUCUUGCGGUGGAAGGGCAUCUGGAAAGCUGCCACGUUCGGAUCUGAGAAGGAAUUUCACGAGGCCUUGCACAAGAAUGCCCCUGAUACCGAGGAGGUUCUUGAAAAGUUUGGUGAUCAGCUUGUGCGAAUGGGACGGAAGGGUUGGGAAAUCCAGGCACAGGCUCUUGAGAAGGCGUCUUUCAUUCAGGGCAAGUAG